AUGAGAAGCAAAGACAUCUACUUCUACCUUCCACAAGAGUCUUUAAGUCAGGGAAUUCAUACACUGGUGAAUGAGGGUGAUUACAAAGAAUUUUUGGAUUUGGCUUAUGCAAAUGAGAGGAGAAGGAAUGUGUAUGUAGAACACCAGAAUAAACUAAUAUUCGAAUGGAUUGCGAAAGAGGAAAAUGAAGAUGAAGACUACAAUUGUGAAGAGGAUGAAGACUUAGUCUUGUCGGACACUUAUUCUGUUGACCAUGAAGAAGGUGAUGUUGAAUAUCCAUUCCCAGCCAACAAAACCAUGGGUGACAGGUUCUUAAACAAACUUUGUCUACAUACAAUAAAUGUAGAUGAAGAUGUUGAAUAUGUUAAACCUCAAUACCAUGUGCAUGAUGAUAGACAACCAUGGAAUCAGAUGAAACCACUGUAUCCGGGCUAG